AUGCCGUCCAGUGGUUCCCUCACCACAGAUCAAUGGCUUCUUCUUGCCACCGUCUAUGGCCCAGUCAUAAUCCCACAGCUGUGGAGUACCUGUUUGCCAAUGAAUGCAGACAAUGACAUUCUUCAUCACCGUGUUAAUGCAAUCAAGAAAGCCGAAUCCGAGAAGCAAGCACAGGCAAGUUCUAAGGCCAACCAAAAGAAGGCCCUUGCUGCUGUGAAGAUACAGGGCAAGGAUACCUAUGAGGCCAAGAAGGCUCGGAUUGCACAAGAGAAGCUCGCCAUUGCAGAGGCCAAAACACAAGAGAAGCUCAGAAUUGUGGCUGCCAGGCAAGCUGGGAAGGUUAGACUUGCAGCUGAGAAAAAGCGAAUGCUGCCGCAAAGAGGGCUUCAAAAAAAUGCAAGGCAACUAUGCAAACAGUUGAAGAUCUGCCUGAAGGACAAAUAUGACCGCCUCCCAUUGCUCCAGGGAACUUAUACAUCUUUAUGGAUCUGGUGCACUCAAACCAAACCACCACUAUGCGACUCAUGUUGGCACUUGCACGCACAAUUUGGUCCUCUCCAUGACUUCUGGAUGUUCUUGUUUGAGCGCCUCAAUAAGGUUUUAAAGUCCUUUAAGAGUAACAACCAUGCACAUGAUAUAUACAUUGCAAAAUUCUCCAAACAAGACACUGCCAAGUGA